AUGGGCGCCGUCUGGUCCGCCCUGCUGGUCGGAGGGGGUCUGGCCGGAGCGCUUUUCGUUUGGCUGCUUCGGGACUCGGGAAAGGAGGGGAAUGCGGAGCAGAGGAAGGACGCCCCCUCAAGGGAGGCUGAGGCUGCGGGAGGAGAUCAGGGCGGUGGCGGCGGCGGACUGAGCCCCGGACCUUCUGCCAAACCAGGUAUUCUUCCUCCCAAGCAUCUUCAAGAAAGCAAUGGAUGUUUGGUUUCUGAGACCAAAGGUCCCGGUGACCUUCCUGGAGCAGCAUGGAGACAGCAGAGUCCUUCUGGAGAAGCUGGUAACCCUGAUAGUUCAAGAGCGCAUGUUCCCUCUGGCCCGUUUCCAGACACAGAAUCUCUAACUACCUCUGAGACUGGUAACUCUAGAAGUUACUCUGACGUUUCAAGACAUGAAAGCCUUGGAUCUCCUAUGGGAGAACGGGGAUUGCAAAAAGGCACAGAGACACCUUCCAAAGCAGUUCCAUGUUUGGCAGAGAAGUUUCCCUCUAGCAACCUGCUCCUGGGCAGAGGGAAAGAAGUGAACCCCGCACAGCUGGACUGCCAGACCCGGGCUGAUCAUGAGGACUGGGAGAUGGUGUCCCGGCACUCGUCCUGGGGAGAUGCUGGUUUGGGUGACGGUCUUGGGUCUCCAGUGUUAAGCGCUAAGCAGGGAAAGAAUUGGCACAGAAGCAUGCUGGUGGAAGCAAGAGGUCAGAAAGAGUGUCGUCAAGUUAGUGUCAGGUUCCAGGUCCAUUAUAUCACAAGUGCUGGCGUGCAGUUCAUCGCUGUAACUGGAGACCACGAGAGUCUUGGGAGAUGGAAUGCUUACAUCCCACUCCAGUGUAACAGGGAUGGAUUCUGGUCUCGGUCUGUGUCCCUGCCGGCAGACACAGUGGUGGAGUGGAAGUUUGUGGUGGUAGAGAACGGAGAAGUUGCUCGUUGGGAAGAAUGCAGCAAUAGAUUCUUAGAGACUGGUCAUGAGGAUAAAGUGGUUCACAGGUGGUGGGGGAUUCACUGA